UUUCUUGAGUGGGUUGCCUUUUAGGAAGUUCUCAGCGGGUACAGUGUGUCCAAUCAUCCGGCGAAAGUCGAAAUUUCCCAUUACCGUUGAAUCCUUGUCGCAUGGCUGUAUCUGCAUUGACUUGUAUCGAGUCGAAUGGAAUCACCAUAAAACCAAAUCGCAUUUGCAUAGGACAUGGCGUUUCAUCAUUUUGUUUGCUGUUUUGUAUUGUCAUUUGCUUAUUUUAUUCAUCUUUUUCUGUUCGUGAUAGGGAGCGUUAAGUAUGUGUAUCGAGAGGCUGGAUAUGUUUAAUUAUUUGUUUCUACACUAUU